AUGGAAUGCAAGCAGGAAUGGAGCAAGGUCUGGACUGAGCCAUUCUGCGCUGAUGACACUCGCUCUUCCGUAACCACGCACGUAAGCAUACAAUGGAGCUACGAUGAUGGAUCCGUUCCUGACUUGGACGCCGCGGAACUGUGCGAAACUACGCCUGUGCGAUUCUACCCCACGGCUCGUGCCGAGCAAGGUCAAACUGCGCAACAAGGCCCACAGGCCGAGCAAGAGACCGAACAAUAUGGCGCUGCUGAGGAGGCGGUCACUGCCAUUGCAGGCAACUAUGUGGCGACGGCGACGAACAGUUUGCUCACGGUUCAAGUCCCAGGCGCGUCCAAAGUGGAGCAUGCACUCGAAAUACCUCAAGACCAGCGCCUUACGCAUAUACGAAUGAAAAGAGCGAAUGACGCCUUGGCGGUGGCUCUGGUGACCAAGCCAGCCGCAGCCAAGCCGAGGCCUGAGCCACCGAGGCCUGAGCCACCGAGGUCUGAGCCACCCAGGUCUGAGCCACCGAGGUCUGAGGCGCCGGAAGUCGAAGCAGACCAGGAGCCGUCGCUUCAGGGCAAACAGGUUCUAGGUAGCGUUGUGUAUAUUUAUUCCAUCCGAGUGUUGGCUGCCCUCCAGAGAGAGCUCCCCGGUGUGGAGUUUUUGUGUAGACUCGUCGCCAGGGAUGAAGUGACAGACGUGUUGUGGUACCCUCACGGCGCCGAGAAGCUCAUUACCUGCCACCCUACGGCCAUCGUGACCUGGGACAUUUCUGCUACUGCGGCCGGCGGCGGGGAAGGCGUGUGCGACGUGACAGAGUUACGCCAGUUUCUUCGGUUGAUGAAGUAUUCAGAGAAGGAGGUGGUGCGGCCAAUGCGCAUUAUGGGUCAUGCUGUCCCGCACGGCGACUCGUCGUUCAUGUUGCUGUGGGUGCAAGGCUCGAAGCACGUGGCCCUGUUUACGGACGCGUGGAGCAAUCGCCGGUUCCGUUUCGAGGGUAUUUUGGCGAUGCCGGCGCAAGCGUGGACACACGUGUGUGCAGCGGACGGACCCUACGUCCAAGCGGCGUCACUCUGUCCCAAGACGCAGCUUUGGAGCCUGAUUAAUGCCAGUCGCGUGCAGAAGGCGCGCGCUAACCUAAACGAGGCUGAGACCUACCAUAAGUUCCACGUCGUCGCCGUCUCCGCCACCAGCGUAGUCAGUAUCCCGGUAUACGCGCAUCUUAAAAACUUCCUCUCCUCUGUCAUGUUCGGCGCCCCAGACCUCGAAGUAGACGUCGCCGGCGCCGGCAUUUGCGGCACAGAAUAUGCCACCGUCUUCCUCAACUGCCCCGUUCCCGCCGAAAGACCCGCUGCGCCGCUUCCUGAAGAUUUUAGCACUCCCACCGGUGUUCCAACUGGCUCCCCCGCUGGAGCACCCACUGGCGCUCCUGCUGGCGACGUCGCCGAGUCGCCAGUGAAUGUGAUCGGGGGGGAAAGAUCGGCGGAGACCGCGGUGGAGACCGCGGUGGAGACCGCGGUGGACAACAGCAUGAAGUGUGGCACAGAGCCGCUGCAUGCGCUCUUGGUUGUCGACACGGCGAACAAGCGGCUGCAAUGCUUCCCCCUGCCCUGGGGUGGUGGCAAGACGGAGGCAUCGCUCGACUCCGAUAUAAUUUUUGUGCGAGCUUUCGACGGCACUGCCAGCCAGUGGAUGUACAAGAUUCCGCUUCCGCAAAUGCCUCUACCGCAGACUACUGGGUCGGAGACUCUCCCGGCUGUGCAAGAGACCGCCGUGGGCCCUGUUGCCUUGGACCCUGCGGUCGUGGACUUGCGCAAGGCGAUGCGGAUGGAAUGUGCGAUCCCCAGAAUUCAGCACCCUGCUUCGAUCCCGGCAUACCAGAAAGUCGACAUUACAGUGGAUGGGGUGGGCGAGUUUAGUGAGGACCGUUUCUCCAAUGGGGGCCGUCACCCGAAUGUGGAUUUGUCUAAUGUGGAUCAUUCCGGUUUGGCGGUCGAUUCGAUGUCGGGCGCUAGCAUCAAGGGUGUAUUGGAUCAGAUGAGCGUCAUGAUUGCGGAGCAGCUGGAGGGAGUGAUGACAGAGAUUAUUCUUACGACCGAGCGCCAGUUGGCACAGUUUGAGGCAUCGGUUGUGCAGCGCCUGCAGACGCACACGUUGGCACAUGUGCACGACCCUUUGCGCGAAUUGAUUGCCGAAUGGUCGACGGCAUUGCAACAGAGGCUGGACGGUGUUAACCGGCGAAUCGAAGGAGUCGAAAGAUCCUUAGGCAGCAUGCUAGAGGACUUGAAGACCUCUAUGAAAGCUACACCCGACCCAGAAGCCUGCAGAAGACUUACAUCUGCGGAAACGGAAACCAAAGAGUUCAUCGAAAAGUUCGGAAUAGAUAACAUUAUGCAAGCCUUAGAUGAUGAGACAAACGAGGAUAACGCAACUGCCAAAGCCGUACGGAGUCUGCAUGGAAAACUGGAAGCCAAACAAUAUGAUGUGGCCUUAUAUACGUCGGCGUUAUUAGAUGUACAGGAAUUAACCCAUGGAUUUUGGACCAUCAUCGUCAUUAAGAACUUUGAGCCGAAGCAUUUGUAUAAUUAUCCAUCCAAAAGCAUUGCUAUGGCUGCUGUCAGAAUGCUGGCGGAAUCUUUGGCUGGCUGGGAUGACGCAUCUACCGACUCGAUCAAUGACUCUCAAUGUGUUAAAGCAAUAUGGAAAAAUGAGGAAGUUCUUGUUCCCAUGGCCCUUGUCAAGAAAUCGUACAUCGGCCUUGAGGGCAGACUCAUGUGGAUGUCCAAUGGAUUAGGGGUCGCCCAAGCAGCCGUAGAAUUGAAUGAGAAAGAGCAGGGCAUGAUCGCUGGACUCUUGUCUUCUCGUGUCCAAAACAUUCGCCAUCAUCUCGAAAGUGUCCAAGCAAAAGAUCUGCCAAUUUCAGAUAAACAACUGCAAAGGUGCAAGCUGCUUGCUGAUAUUUUAGAGAGCGCGAUCAACAAGCAAUAA